UAACAUUACUAGGGUAAAUUACAUUGGUAUGAGGUGCACAAUGGAUCAGAAUAAACCAAAACGGGGUAUUGUAGUUCCUCUUCUACUUUGUUGUGCUGCUUUAAACGUUGCCCAGGGACUCCCUCCACAGGGCAAUGAUUUUCGAUACAUUGAUUAUUCCAGCCCUGGAGCUCACCAACUGGCCAGCUGGCUGGUCUCCCAGCUGCGCCCCAAGGAGAUCAUCGCUCCCAUGGAGGUGCCCGUAAUCCCCUACCGCUUACCUUUACAGGGUAAGAGAAACUCGGAAGUCACCAACGCCAUCAUAGGUUCCGAGGAGACUCAGAAGAUGUACCGAGACGGUAGAAAAUAAACGCUGACGCUUCUGCUUGUGUAAUCAUGCCACUG